UACAGAAGAAGAAAGUCACAGAAAAACAAAACAGUAGAAUGAUUGUUUGAACUUAUUAGUUAAUCUUUGAGAAGCCAUGACCUGUUUUCUCCUAAGCUUUUUGUCAUUUAAACAACGAUUAUUGAUGAUUAGAUUAAAUCAUGGGCAAGGAUCUGGAAAAAAAAUGGUAGGCAACCAGAAUUUUUUUGGAAAGCGACAUUCUAUAAUGUUUUGGAAAAGUCAAUAGGCUUUGAUGGAUCAUAUUUUCUGGGAGAAAAGAAAAUUUGAUUGAAGAAUUGAAUUAGGAUUUCAAAAACUAAACCCUUAGCUCUUGGACCACAUAGAUGUAGAACAUGAGUGUGGUGCUGCAUCAAGCAAGGGUGCAUGAAUCAACAAUUAUAGCCUUAAAUGAGAGGGUUUUCUAGGAAGCGGCCCAAUUUAAUUCGUGGGACGGGAAAGAUGACAUCAUACGGUGCAAAUAAUUUUAAUCUAAACAAUAGCAAGAUGGCUUAAUUGCAACUUUGGUCCCCCACUUAUACAUUUCCUACGAUUUAUGGUCCACGUCAAAAAUAAAACACAUAUGCACAUGACAAAGCAAUUGGCAUAGAUUGGGUCAUUAGUUGACAGGGGCCUUUCCUCCCAUCACAUAGUCUUAAGUCUAUUUAGUCUACUUAAGUGGUGUUGUCACUCUGUCGAGGAACUUUUUGCAUGAAUCAUCUCCUUUCCAUUAUGAAGAUUCAUAUGAACUUGACGACCACUCAUCAUCCUCUUCAAAGUCACCCUGCAUACAAAAUUUCACAAUCAAAUUCAAUAUUCAAGCAUGUCCCUUUUGCUUUGCUUCUUAGUAAGGAAAAGACAACACAGUCAAUCUUAGAGGGAAGGCUGGCUCCAUUUAUUGUUUUAGUAAUUAAGAGCUAUCCAAAAAUUUCAAACUAUUGCUCUCAAUAUAUAAUAUACCUCUAUCACCAUUUUCCCUUCCAGAGCAUCUUUUAAUCCUCGUUGAAUAAAGAUUUCUUCGGUCAUCUCACCCUCACGGAUUUGCCUCAAAAAUUCUUUUUUGCUUUCAGUGUAAUUAGGAUCGUCCUCUUCUUCAGCAUCUUGUACCCACAAUGCAUACGAUGAAGCAGCAGCCCUGUGAAUGAAACGAAUGAAUCAUAUAUGUUGUGAAAAAAGCGACAAUACAGUAGAAAUAAAACAAACUAAAUGACUCACUUUCUUAUACCUUCUGUCAACUCUGCCAAUCGUUCCUACAAUACAAAUAACAGAAUAGUAUCAUUGAGAACAUGAACCAAAACAACAAUCACAUUGAUUGAAAUUAAACAUACCUUCUCACGAGUCUUGAUCAAUUUCUUUAAACGAGUGAGAAAAAGAGAGACAUGACGCCGCAGAUUCAUAAUUUCUGAGCACUGCACUGCACUGGGUUAGGGUUUUUGUUUUUUGAUUGAAUUGAAUAACAGAGAAGAGAAAGGCUUUAUACCAAUAUCAUAUAUAUCUAAAAUUUUAUUACCGUUCUAAAUAAUAAUAAUAAUAUGAUUUUCAAAUUUCAAAUCCCACAUAAAUAAGGUAAGAUCAUCAAUACUAUAUUAUUGCAUUCAAUAUGACAAUCAUUAUCAUGAUCUGAAAUAAAUGUGUUGGGCCUAUUUUGUUUUCUCUGCAUUAUUUAUCUGAUCUUCUCAGUUGGACAAACUGUACUGUUUUCUGAAUUUACUUGGUUCAAAAUACAUAGUAAAAUACAGUUCUGACGCAUUUGUAAUCUGGAAGAAACUUCUACUUUGACCAAACGGCAAGAGUGAGUGGUAGACAUGUUCCCCCUUGGCAGGUUUUAUCAAUGUUUAGCAAAGGAAAGUGGAAUCUUUUAUGCAAUUUGUUUGAAAAAAGAAAAAGAAAAAGCAAAAGUGAAUAUGACCAACCACUAUGUAGGACAAGCUGCAUCAAGUAGGGACAACCAUAGCUACAUCUUGGUGACAUAUUUUGAUAAAUUAAAAGAAACAAUCCAAUACCAAACCCAACAAAGAUGUACACCAUGGGAAAAUCACACUAGGCAAAAUAAACGUGGAGAAUCACAAAAGCUAAAGGAAGUUACUUCUGCUACUGCGAUUUUGACCGAACAUGCAUACAUAUUGUAUCUUUAUGUCUCUGUCUUAAUCUUCUCAUACUUGUUCUGUUCUACUCUCUCUCUCUGUCUGUUCAAUUUCUUUUCUUACAUUCGGCCCCCCUUCGAAAGCCAAUGGAGUGCAAAAGAUAUUAGCCAUUGCUUUAAGCAGAUUAUUGGCACAAUCCAAAAAAGGCACAGUGCAAGAAAGGGAUAAGAAAACGGUUAACACCAUCGGUGAGUGAUGAGAGGGUGAGGUAAUGGAAGGUGCAGAGGAGGAGCUAGAGAGAAGAAGCAGGUUUCUGAAAAGCUUGAUACAGAAGAAGAAAGUCUCAGAGAAACAAGAGCAGCAUGACCACAUCCAAAACAACAAUGUUCGGGUCAGGGCUUGUGACAUGCCUCUCCUUUUGCAGAACCGUGCCUUUUGUUGCGCUCGUGAUCUUCUGGAUUCUAUGCCAGCAAAUAAGCUUGACACCAAACGCCUGGCCCUGACCCUUAAGAAGGAAUUUGAUUCAUCCUAUGGUCCAGCUUGGCACUGCAUUGUGGGAUCUAGCUUUGGCUCAUAUGUGACUCAUUCUCUUGGUGGAUUCUUGUAUUUUUCCAUUGACAAGGUCUACAUCCUUCUCUUCAAGACAGCUGUUGAACCAUUAGACCAUCCAUAACUUCCACAGCCUUGAGUUACAUGCACAUCUCCUUGGGAACCUAAACUAUAAAUGUUCAGACCAAGUGUGAUGUGUAAAAUUACAGAUUGAAAAAUUAAAGACAUCUGUAUUCUGUGAAGUAUUUGAUGCACUUGUGAUAUUUUGUC